CGUCAAUUCCUCCUCUUCAGACUAUUCCUAUUCUCUCUUUGUUUCUCCUCCCACACAAGUACACUACAAAUCAGAAACACGAAAAUGGAAGCAUCAACCCAGAAACCUGAAAACCCUAAAAAUGUCUAUCACAUUGGAGGAAUUCCCGUUGAGUUCCCUUACAAGCCAUACGGUUCGCAGCUUGCAUUCAUGGGUCGUAUCAUUUCUACGCUUGACCGAGCUCAAAGAGACGGCCAUUGCCAUGCCUUACUCGAGUCUCCUACUGGUACUGGAAAGUCUCUCUCACUCCUCUGUUCCGCCCUUGCUUGGCAGCGCCACCGCGGUAAAAACCCCAUUCUUCAGCAGCAGCCGCAGACUAAACCUGACCCUAGGGCUUCUUCUGAUCCUCUUAGUCAUGGAGGCGGCUUUGUGGUUGAUUCUCAGCUCUCUGAGACUUCCACACCGGAGGCAGCUGCAUCUGCAACAAAUUGUAAAAGUCAAAACAAGAAACCAGUGCCUACGAUAUAUUAUGCCUCGAGAACUCAUUCUCAAAUCACUCAAGUUGUUCGUGAAUACCGGAAGACUGCUUACAGGGUCCCAAUGGCUGUUUUGGCCUCUAGGAAGCAUUAUUGCACCAAUGCAAAAGUACGUAAUGGAGAUAACCUGGAUGAGGAAUGCAAGUUACUUCUUGAAAACAAAGAAACUGGGUGUCCACAGUUCAAAAAUUAUCAUAAAGUUAAAAGUCAUCCAUCUCUCCAGAGAGGUGGCUGUCAUGAAGCUCAUGAUAUUGAAGAUCUAGUCAAAGUUGGAAAAACAGUAAAAGGCUGCUCAUAUUUUGCAGCGCGUUCAUUGGCUGAUGAUGCACAUAUUGUAUUUUGCCCUUAUAGUUAUAUAACUAAUCCGAUUAUCCGAAGAGCAAUGGAAAUUGAUAUCAAGGGAGCUAUUCUUGUUCUUGAUGAAGCCCAUAAUAUUGAGGACAUAUCUCGGGAAGCUGGUAGUGUGAAUGUUGAUGAAGAUGCUUUGCAUAAACUGCAGAUGGAGCUUGGUCAGCUAUGUGGAGGUGACACACUAACUUACCAGCCACUGUAUGAAAUGGUCCAGGAUGUCUUAAGCUGGAUGGAGCGCCGAAAAGGGGCCUUAGAGAAGCGCGAGUUUCAGCGCUAUGUUUCAUGUUGGACAGGUGAUAAAGCUCUAAAGGAGCUGCAGGAGGCAAACAUAUCACAACAGUGCUUCCCAAUUUUGCAAGAGUGUGCUGCCAAGGCUAUUAAAGCUGCUUCAGACACCGAGCCAGAGUUAGCUCAUUUAAGUGGCAUGUCAGCAGCAACACUGGAAGGUCUUUUCUGUUCGCUUAGUUAUUUUUUUAAGGGUAAUGGGCUUCACACAAAUGAUUACCAACUUGUUGUACAACGGAUUAUCAAAAAAGACACGGGUAGCUGGACACUUACUUUCAGUUUGUGGUGCUUGAAUCCAGCUGUCGUAUUCAGAGAUAUCGCUGAUCUUUCAUUAUCCGUGAUUUUAACGUCUGGGACUUUGUCACCAAUGAAUUCAUUUUCAUCUGAACUUGGGAUCUCAUUUGGUACUCUUCUAGAGGCUCCACACGUAAUUGAUGUUGAAUCUCAGGUUUGGGCUUCUAUAAUUUCUACUGGCCCACAUGAUUAUCCCCUAAAUGCUAGCUAUAAGACAGCUGAUGGAUAUACCUUUCAGGAUGCUGUUGGUAAAUCCCUGGAGGAGCUGUUCAAGGUUGUUCCUGGAGGCUCACUCGUGUUCUUCCCAAGCUAUAAGCUAAUGGACAAGCUCUGUAAAAGGUGGAGUGAAACAGGCCAGUGGUCUCGGAUGAAUGCCAUAAAACCAGUCUUUGUUGAGCCCAGAGGAGGAAGCCAAGAGGACUUUGAGGCUGUUUUGAAAGGUUAUUACAGUGCGAUUCAUCAAGGCACAAAGCCAGCUCUUGGAAAAAGGCGAAAGGCUAAGAAAGUAAACUCCAAUUGUUCUACAACUUCUACUGAAGCUAACCCAGUCGAGGUCUGUAAAGGGGGAGCUGCUUUUCUUGCUGUUUGCCGCGGAAAGGUGUCUGAAGGAAUUGACUUUUCAGAUGAAAAUGCCCGUGUUGUUAUAAUAAUUGGUAUUCCUUUUCCAAACAUAAAUGACAUCCAAGUUGCAGAAAAGAAGAAAUACAACGACACAUAUAAAUGCUCCAAGAAUCUUUUGAGUGGGAGUGACUGGUACUGCCAACAAGCCUUCCGAGCACUAAAUCAGGCUGCAGGCAGAUGUAUUCGUCAUAGGCAUGAUUAUGGGGCCAUCAUCUUCUUAGAUGAACGAUUUCGCGAGGAAAGAAAUACAAUCUACAUUUCAAAGUGGCUAAGGAAGUCAAUCAGAACAUAUGAGAACUUUGAGACAUCUGUUGAGGAAUUGAAUUCCUUCUUCUGUAACAUUAAGGAGAGGGUUUGCAAUGUUAGUAAGCUGCAAGAUCCUGUUGCUGAUUUAGAAAACAAUACUCUUGAUGAUUCUGUCAAAAGAUCCAUAAAAUGUAGAAGUCAGAAAUUGACCAAUUCACAAGUCAGUGUAAACAGAGUGGUUUCUGACACCAAGAAGAUGCCAUCUACUGGACUUUCUCACUGCCUAUCACGCAAAGCUGGCGGUAGUUCUGAUUAUAUCACAAAAAGAUCUCAAAGAAACGACGGAAUUCAGGAAGCCUCAUCAGUCCACGAGGAAGAUAAUGAAAACCAGAAAGAGAUUGACAAAGAUUGCUAUAGUAGGGAGGGUUUGAGGUGCUGGGAAACUCCAUGCACAGCUAAUUUUGAAGAAAGGAUAGAACUUUCUGUUGUUAAGGAGACUCCUAUGGCUGAGAACUAUGCUGUAUCUAGUCCUGAAGCAACCAUGAACGAGAACGAUUGUUAUUCCACCAUAAUUCAGACAUCUACGGAGUUUGAUCAAGCAAAUCAUGUGUCUUUAACAGAUUCAGCUCAAUCUCCUUCAAAAGUGACAUGUGCCGAAUUCACUCCAGAAAGGAGUGGCAGAGAAAAUACUAACGAGUUGAUGCAGGAAAUAUAUUCAUCCGAAAAUUUGAGUGUUAAUUCUCAUGCCCAGAAAAGGAGGAUGUUCCUCAAUUCACAGCAGAUGAACUCGAUUCAAAAGAUGAAAUUUGACGGGGCGACUGCAGAAAAUACACAGGACUUUAGAAUAGUGGAUUAUUCAGUGUUAAAUGACAGUUCUAGUCAAAGAACAAAAUUUCCGAAAGUGAAUUUCUCAGCGUGUGAAAUUAAGACGAGCGGUCAACCUUCUGCGGCAAACGAGGGUGAUAUAUCUCCCAAACCUGUUGGUUUCUGUUUGGAUCAACGAUUACAAAUUGUUUGCUCACUCUGCAGAAGUCCACUCGGUCUUCCUGAAAACAGCUCGUAUGUCACAUGUUUCUUGACUUCACUAUCAAAAACUAUCUUGACUAGUCUUUCCAAAGGGAAUGGACCACAAAGUCUGCAGACUUCACCAUCUCUUGUCGCAGUUCUGAUAGUGGAUAUGCUAUCAGUUGAUCAGAGACUUUUUAAUAGGAAUAGCAAAGAUACCCCAGGACAGGGUAUCUGGUGCCAAGAUGAUGGAUGUGUAUACAAUUCCAUAUUCUGCCCUUUUUGCAUUUCUCCCAACCAUUGUCUUGGAGUGCAGAUCAUGGCUGCUGAUGCAUCAAAUAUUCAGUUGAUUGAUAAGAUACUCUUUUACUAUGAUCGCCUGGAAGUUAAGACUUGCCUAGGACUGGAGAGCAAGGAUUCUUUGGCUGAUAACAGUUGGUGUUCAGAUCAAACAGUUGAUAUAAAUUCUAUUAAUAAAUAUGCAUAUCAGUCUCAGCAGCACAGUCCAGGAAGCUGGAGAAUGACGAAAACAAAGUCAAGACUACUAAAGAGGAGCCCUAUGUCACAGUCCUGGACAGAUUCCUAAGCACUGGACUGAACUAGUAAAGGCAGACACUGACUGUACAGCGCAUGUAUGGCACCAUAGAUGUAACAUUCAUUACGAUUAUUAGUUAGAAUGGGCGGCAUAGUUUUGCAAGUCAAGGGCACGGUGAAUUGUGGCCGACUUAAGUUAUGACGCCAUUUUUGCAUUGGGUUGUACUUGUUGGGUUUGGCUCUGAGUUGUAACGUUGAGCUUUUGGACAAUCUUUCUUGUGUAGAUGGUAAACAUUUCCGCAAGCAUUUUGUAUAGGUGUGUAUAGUUAAACUGAUAAAGUUAUAUUUAAGUUCCAGAAUCUGAAAAUUUAAACUCCACCAAAUAUAUUUUAGCGCAUUUAUAUAA